UGUGGUGGGCAGUGUAUUCAAAAUAAGCUUGUGUUAGACCAGAGAUUUUAGCACUAUUUUUCAGGUAAAUUACCUUUUUGCGGCAUUUGUUAAAACAACAUUAUAUUUUUUUUGCUCCCGAUUAUUGUAUUCACACACAUUCAAUUAUGUCGUUUUAACAACCCAGAUUCAAGUUCAGUUUUAACAUUUUUUGGAAAUCUUACAACUUAUUUUCUAUAUUAGUGGCUCCAGUGGUUUAGGUUGUAGCUCGAGAUAGAAACAAGCGUUAAAUGGUUAGACACACUUUCUACGAGGGCUACGUGAAGAACCCACAAACACUUCAAAACUGUCAAUUAUUGCUUUGAAAACCAGAAAUGAACAUUUUUAAGCAAUUAUUGUCAGGGAAGUACGAAAACCACAGCGAUGAGCUUAAAAAUUGUGUGAAGGGUAAUAUGAUUUUUACUCUCGACUUCUCAAUGAAUGAAAUAACUUUGAAAAAACAAUUCAAACUACCAACAUUAGAAACUGCGGAACUGAAUCUAUAGUUCAAUGUACAAAAAAUCGUUUGUAUGCAAAUGCACCUCAUUUCUAGUAUACGUUUAAAAUAAUCCUCAUUAAAAAUGUUAAACCAAUUAUGACAAUUUGAAUUCUUUAAUUAGAUAAUUGAUUUGUUGAUGGGUCAAAAAAAAAAAAUUAAAUGCCAUUGCCACGACAUUUAGAUUGAAUAAAUGAAUGCUUAUAUAAAAAACACAACCUUUUUUGAUACAAAUAGUUAGUUCUCCAAAAAUAAUUGUCGUAUUUAGAACAAUAAGAAUGAAAUUAAAGAAGUCCUAUUGUUUAUACGAAUUUCUAGAGUUUCCUAAUCGAGCUCUUCGUAUGGGAUUUUUCAAAAUUUUUGAUAAGGAAAACACAAAGUUUUCGUUGAUAUCACGGAUACUAAUGACAAUGGGUCCAAUAGCCGCUGUUGUGUAUCACAUUGGAAUGCUCAUGUCAUUCCUUGAAAUCAAAAUUGAUACGAUUCCAAUAAUUCUUCAAAUAUCAGACAGAGGAGCUGCAAUUGGUCUAUCAACAAUAUCUUUGUGCAAAAUGUUUAUAAUGUUUAUGUAUCGCAACAACAUGGCAAUACUCAUUGCCGAAUUGGAUGAAUACUUCCCUGGAAAUUUAAAACUUAAUCCAUGCUUUCACAAUUGUGAAUACAAACUUGAAGAAUUAUAUGUGUUUUCUAGGACACUCAUGAGGACAUCAUUCUUUUCUUUAACAUCGAUAGCAGUGCUUUUGAAUUUUAUGCCAUUGUUUCAAUCAUCCUUUGAAUAUUUUGUUAUGGGACAAAGUUUUAUAUUUCGACUUCCAACGCCUUCUUGGUUUCAAUGGGACAAAGAUUCUCUAUGGAUUUUUAUUUCUAAUUAUAUUUUGCAGUCUUACACUUCCCUUCAUAUGGUAGCAUUUCAUAUGGCUGGAGAUUUUAUGUUAUGUUUCUUUUUAACACAAAUGCGCUUGCAUUAUGAGUUUAUAGUGACAAUUUUGGAAACAAUCGAUGCUGUUGAAGCUGAAAAGGAUAAAGAUUGUCUGAAGUUUUUAAUCAACUAUCAUUUAAAACUAAACAGGUAUGUAUGUUAUAUUAGAAUAGUCGAUUGCACUUAAGUUAAGUGGGAAAAAAAAAUUAAAAUUUGUGUUUUUUUCUUCGCCAAGCUUAUGUAAGUUAAAUUAAAUCAAUUGACAUUAAAAAAACCUAUACGAAAAAUUAGACCGUGCUUAAAAUUUAGG